AUGCUCCAGUGCUUGCCUUGUUUCUUUUCAUUCCCUUUUUCUAAAAAAAAUUUGGCAAGAAGAAAAAAAAAUAAGAGUUAAUUUUUUUUUGUGUACUCUAAGAGAAAAACAGAAAAAUACUAAAUAUUAUGCAAUACAUCCCCGGCAACGGCGCCAAAAUUUGAUGUGACUUAGUCGUUGUAUAUUAAAUCACGCAAAUAUAAAAUUUAUAAAACUAGAAAAUACGAAUUUUCGGAUAUUUAGAAGUAUUUCUGAACAAAUAUAUCAAUUAUAUUUCAAUAAAACUUCCAAACAUAGCGAUAAUUUUCUAGGUCAAUCACAGGGAUGUAAUAUAAUAUCUGAUAAUUAUUCAGAAUUUUCCUCAGAGAAUACUAUUUUAUAUGAAUUUUAUACUAAGAAAUAAAAAGAAAAUAUAUUUAAAAUUCACGAAAAAAGGAAAUAAGGAUGCAGACGUCAGGAUGACGUCAGCACUUGGCGAAUGCAAAUUGGGCAGAAAUAGAGUUCCGCCUGGCGAUUCUUACGUAAGUGAUUACAGACGAUUUAAUUAAUCAAAUUAAGAUCUGUAAAAGCCAGAAGAAUCGUAAUAGAAUAAAGUAUAUUUUAGUAAAUUAAAAUCAGAAAAGUUAUCACUAAAUGAAGCGUAAAGUAAGUUGAAAGCAAGAAAAUAGAGUUCCAACGUUGCGUCGGCGAUGCACUGGAAUCCUGAGCGUUCGGGAGGAUCAUCGUGCAGUGUCCACAGCCUCGAAGGCUCUCCUUGGACAAGGACGACGUGGGCAAUCUCUAGAUCUUCUCGCGAAGUCUAGAGAUUAAUGAAAUGGGUCGUCGAAUCGUCUCCGGCGGCUGUCACCCGGCGGAGCAGAAAAACGGCGACUUCGCGGCUCUCCGGCGGCUGUCACCCGACGGAGAGGAGUUGGAUGGAGGUGGGCCGCGCAUCAGGGAGCUUCAUCCUCAGGUCCGCGCAGCAAGAGGAGGCUCUUUAUCGCAUCUGGUAUGCUCUUAGGAGGUGGCGACUCGUCUCCCGGCGGAUCGUCCUCUUCCUGACGACGGCUUGUUCGUCGAUCAAUCGGAGAUGA